GGUUUUCGGUGUCUGCAAGAUGAAGGCGGGCACUGUGCAGAUUGCCUGGCACGGCUGUGACCCAGUGCUCUCUGCCGACUUCCACCCGGUCUCUGGUUUGCUCGCCACUUGUGGCGCCGACAAGGAUAUCAAACUCUGGUUACUCGCGUCUGUGGAUGGCAAGGCUCUUACCAAAGUCACAUUUGAGGCGAGCUUGUCGCACCAUUCAGCUGCUGUCAAUGCUGUCCGCUUCUCACCCUCUGGUGACGCCCUUGCUUCCGGUGCCGGCGAAGGAGAGCUCGCGUUGUGGAGGCUCACAGAAAACAAGGAUGGUGCUACGGUCUGGAAGGUGGUCAAGGCAUUACGGUCCCACUUGAACGACGUGCACGACUUGGGCUGGUCAGCCGAUGGAUUGAUGCUUGCGUCUGGAUCUGUGGACAACUCCUGCGUUGUCUGGGACAUGACCAAGUAUGAACCCCUGCAAGUUAUCAAGGAUCACGCACACUACGUACAAGGGGUUGCGUGGGAUCCGAUUGGCUACUACCUGGUGUCCAUGAGCUCGGACAGGACAUGCAGGAUAUAUUCCCGAUCACAAACACCGGGGACAAAGGCGUUUACUUGUCAACGUGUUAUUUCGAAAGCGGAAUUUCCCACUGGGGACAGCAGCGGAGAUGACAUCAAGAAAUGCCACUUGUUCGCGGAUGAGAGCAUGCCAUCCUUUUUCCGCAGGCUGGCAUGGUCCCCCGACGGCUCCUUUUUACUUGUUCCUGCGGGUCUGCACAAGGGCAGCGUCAACGCAGCAUUCGCUUUUUCAAGGAGAGACCUGUCCAGGCCAGCUCUUCAUUUCCCUGGAGCUAGUAAAGCGGUGGUGGCCACGUCCUUCUGCCCCGUCAAGUUUGCUCUCGAGGGAAACACUGGUUGGUUUCUUGUGCCAUCAUCUCAUAAUGUCAUUGUCUUUUGUUCAGAGAACCGCGUUUUCAAUCUACCGCACCGGCUUGUCUUUGCUAUAGCGACACUCAACUCUGUUGCUAUCUAUAACACGCAGAUGCUCAACCCGACAGCCUUUCUAGGAGGCAUUCACUACCGUGCCAUCACCGAUCUUGCCUGGUCUCAUGACGCCAAGUUCCUGGUUGUCUCGUCACAGGAUGGCUACUGCACUGUGGUGGAGUUUGAGGAAGGGGAGCUUGGGCGGGCCGUGACAGGCAAGGCGGUGGGGGAAGGAGCGCUUUCGCAAGGCCAAGAGCCAUUUAUAACAUGAACAUGACAAGAGGACCAAGCAGCAGGCAACAGCACGUUUUUUGCACUGGAUUCGCGAGGAGUAGUGAUCAGUCACGUGGUGCUGCGCCCUGCAUGGCAUGCAUGUAUGCAUGCAUGGACGAUUCAGCUUCCGGCGCGAUGAAGAACUUCGUCGCGGGUCGCGGAGAGAUCAAAUAAAAUAUAAAGCUCUCUAUA